GGCAAUGCGUAAUCAUGGGCACGUUAUCUAAUGUCUUCUGGCCAUGUGUUCUACAGCAUCGACUGUAGAGUUAUAGACAGUGCGGUCUUCAAGGAUGCCUGAGCAAGUAGUGCUAGAAGAAAAAACUCUAGGAACAGACUUCGCACCUCACGAAGUAAAGGAAAGACCCCCCGAGGAGCAACAGCAAGAUACCUCAGGCUAUCAGCACCAAGACCAGGACCAAGUAACUCCAUCGUCCACUUCAUCUUCGUCUAAUACCCACGGACGACGACGGAAACCCUGUCCAGUAUGGCUCAAGCGAAUCUCGUCCUUUUCUCCAUCUCUCCUUCUCGAGAAUAGCGGCAGCGUUGCGCGCGAUCAUCUUGCCGCCGAACGGACGUUCCUGGCGUACGUUCGUACUUCAUUAGGAUGUGCUGCUACAGGUGUUGCACUCGUACAACUGAUAGCUCUGACACCGACAAGCGUACCCAUGCGUCUCGAACGUUUCGGGAAAAUUUUAGGUGCAGUUAUAGAAAUUUUUGGUAUGUGUAUCAUGAGCAUCGCCGUCCUCCGAUUCUUCAGUAUGCAAAAAGCCCUAAUCAACGGGAACUUCCCAACUGCAAAUCUGGUCGUUUGGUCAAUCGUCUUCGCAAUGGUUGUCAUUACUCUGAUCACAUUCGGAUUGAUGCUCGCGAUUGCUUUGUCUUGAAUUUUACUUACGCCCAUGAUGCUAUGAAGUACACACGCCCACAUGCCCUUUCAUGUCAUUUCAAGUCGUGUAAAGUUAAAUUUUCUUGAUUGCUGUAUAAACGGAAUAGACUUCACUUUGCUUCACGUGCACAACAUAGAUUAUUUUCAGCAGAGUUCACCAUGUUGUCUCGGUGAUUAGAGCCCUGUCGAUCUUGUUAGGCUUCAUGUUUAUUGUAUUUAGUAGUCAUCUCAAUGCGUUUAUU